AUGAAUAAUUCAGAAAUCUAUUUUCAGAAAUAGAAAUUCCUAUUUUAAACUAUUGAAGAAAACAAUCAUAAUUAAUAAAGAAAAAGAGAUGACGGAUUUAACAAUUGUUUUUAACUGAAAAGCAAGAAUUGGUUUCUGGUUCACAAGUGUUUUGUAAUUGUUUCGAGCAGUUAAGCAAAUAUUCGAAAUCUAUAUAAUAUGAACCCCUAACUAUUCCUAAAUUCAAACCUUUAACUUUAAAUUAGGUUUAAGAAUUAUAAACAUUGA